AUGCUUUUCCCCAUAACAACCCCCACAAUAGACCUAACUCUUCACACAUCAAAGAAGGCAGACCUUCCACCCAAGGCAUGGCAAGCUUACUUUAGUGACCUCCUGCUCCAGUACCCUACACGCACCCCAGUAUUUUGCGAUGGCUCAAAGACUGCAGAGCGGACAGCUGCUGGUUCAUGGUCCACUGACUUCAAUCUCAAGGCACGACUCAAUAAAAACAACUCAAUCUUCACCGCUGAGCUCUUUGCCAUUUUUAUCACACUGAAAUAUCUAGAAAGCAAGGAUGGCCUAUUCAUUCUAGUCUCAGACUCUCUCAGCUCCUUAAAAGCAUUACAACAUGCACACCCAAAAUCUCACUACUUGGUCCUCAAAAUCACACACCUCCUAGCUGUCACACCAAACAAAUUCAUACUAGCAUGGGUUCCAUCACACAUGGGCAUAGAAGGAAAUGAGCUUGCAGACAAGAUUGCCCAAGAGGCCCUAUCACUACCACAUGCAUUGCCCAUAACACUCUCAGACCAAGAACUGAAACAGAUAAUCUCAACACACUAUCACUCACAAUGGCAACAUCAGUGGCAAAACUCCACCGCUAAACUGCUUCCUUACAAAAACACACUUGGCCUAUCUCCCUAUCUGGACCUCAAACGAUCACAUCAAGUACCACUGUCACGUCUGCGCCUGGGAGCAACUCGGCUCACCCAUGCUCACCUUUUUACGGGACAACAGCCUGCUCACUGCCCCUCCUGUGACCAAAGAUGGACUACUGCUCAUCUACUACUGGAAUGCCCUGUGCUGCAGCAGCCAAGACAGCCCCUGGACCAAUACUGCAAAGAGAUGAACUGGCCUUUCACACUGACAACCCUACUAAGAGAUGAUUUUCCAGCUGAGAAACUAGUUACCUUUCUGUCAAAGACGGACAUCAUCGACAAGCUCUAA